AAGGCGUAUGCCCGCUAGGUGAUGACUGUUAAUAAGAACUGGCUUUUGAAGCGACCAUUCGAGGAAACGGAAUGGGAAAAUGCACCCAUUACAUUCAGCGCAGCAGAUUAUAAGCGAGCAGAGGGAGAGCCCGACAAUAUGAUGCCUCAUGCAGAUCCUUUUGUGGCACCAGUCCAUAUAGAACCACGCUUCAGGAUGGCUUCCGUCAGCUUCCUAGUCGUCAAAAUGGAAUCAGCCUUCAAUGCCAUACUGGGAAGGGCCACCCUCUACGAGCUGAAGGCCGUCAUUUCGCAACCUCAUCUCUGCAUGAAGUUCCCCACUCCUCAGGGGGUAGGAGUGCUCAAGGGGAACCAGAAAAUGGCCAAAACCUACUAUCAAGAUACAUUCAAGAAGGUUGAGCUCGUUGCAACACUGAGAGGCUCUUCUGAAAGUCACAGGUUGACUCAGCACGGUCAACAGACAAUGAGCAUAUUAGAUAUCGAGCACCGACCAGAGGGUGUCGAGCAAAAAGCUGAACCAGUAGAACUAGUGGAAACGGUCCCUUUGAACCCUGACUUUCUAGAAAGAACAAUUAAGGUCGACACCAAGCUCGCAACGGAAGAACGAGCAGAGCUUCUAGAGUUUUUAAGGGUUAACCAAGAUGUGUUUGCGUGGACUAUGGAUGAAAUGCCUGGCAUCCUAGCAGAGUUGAUAGUCCACAAGCUCAGCACGGACCCCAUGAAAAGGCUGAUGGUUCAGAAACGUCGCCUUUUUGGCCUUGAGAAACAAGCUACUAUAGAUGAAGAGAUACAAAAGCUGCUACAGGCAAGCUUCAUCAGGAGAGUUGAAUACUUUGAGUGGGUGUCCAACCCUGUGCUCGUCAAAAAACCAAAUGGCAAGUGGAGGAUGUGUAUUGAUUUCACCAACUUAAAUGAGGCAUGUCUGAAAGACCCUUAUCCUUUGCCAAAUGUUGAGAAGCUAGUAGAGCGAGCAGUCGAACAUGAGCGGAUGAGUUUCCUUGACGCUAGCUCGAGUUAUCACCAGGUUCAGUUGCUGUUGGACGACCAGGAGAAAAUAGCUUUUUAUGCUGGUGACGCAAUCUACUACUAUGUCAUGAUGCCAUCUGGCUUGAAAAAUGCUAGCGCGACAUAUCAGAAGCUGGUCGUCUUUAAGCUCCAGAUCAGCAGGAAUAUUGAAGUAUAUGUGGAUGACAUGAUAGUCACCACACCCCUACUGUCCAAGCCUGUGGAAGGGGAGAAUUUAUACCUGUAUUUGGGGGUUACAAAGGAGGCGGUGAGCUCGGUUUUGCUUAGGGAAGAGAAUAAACAUCAGAAGCCUAUCUACUAUGUGAGCAAGGUUUUACAAGACGCAGAGCAGAACUAUCCACUAGCAGAAAAGGCUACUUUCGCCCUGCCGCGCACAACCUUAAAAGGCCAGGCUGUGGCGGACUUCCUAGUGGAGUGCCUUUCAGCGACGGUGGAAGAAAGGGCACCCAAAUACCCAGUCUGGGUCUUGUACGUAGAUGGAGCUGCUAAUAUUGAAGAAUCAGGUGCUGGGGCUGUGUUAGUGGGCCUAGAUGGCUUUAAAUCCGAGCAUGAAUUAAGGUUUAAGUUUCAGACAACUAAUAAUGCUGCAGAAUAUGAAGCCCUCAUUUAUGGUUUGAAGCUGGCGUCCGAGCUGAAAGUGCAGAGCAUUAAAGUUUUCAGUGAUUCUCAGCUCGUGGUGGGCCAAGUGAAUGGCAGCUGUGAAAUCAGGGAUCCUCAGCUUGGUCGUUAUGCCUCUGUGGUCAACAGAUUGAAAUCAGGAUUUGCCUCUUUCCAAAUUAACAAGAUACCCAGAGCACAUAACCAACGAGCUGACGAGCUAUCAAAGUUAGCCUCCUCACAAGAUAUCAACCCUCAGAGAUCAACAAUUGUGGAGGUACUUGACGCCCCGAGCUACACCAAUUUCACAAUCGAGUGUCAACUGCUAAGCACAAAUCCCUCUUCACCGAGCUGGACUACCCCACUUAUAGAGUAUCUGCGAAGUGGCGAGCUGUCUGAAGAUCCGUCCACAGCAAAGUUGAUUAAACGUAGGGCGGCACAUUUCACCCUGUUAGAUAAUCAGCUCUACAAGUAUCGAGCUCGUUCUAAAGUUCGUACAAACUUCAUGUUUGUCUAUAAACUGAGCAUAAGUGUCUUCGUUGAAAGAGGAGAAAUGCUCUCAUCACUCUCAUCUCCUUGGCCUUUUGCUCAAUGGGGAGUCGAUCUGCUCGGCCCUUUUGUCAAAGGCAAAGGAGGUUGCACUUACCUAGUUGUCGCGUUCCGAGCAACGGCACUGAAGUCGUUCUACAACAACUAUGGCAUUGAGCUUGCCUUGACCUCUGUAUAUACUCCACAGUCGAAUGGACAAGCCGAGUCCGCCAAUAAAAUCGUCUUGCGAUGCCUCAAGAUGUGUGUUCUAGCCGCACAUUCUAAUUGGGUCAACGAGUUGAAUAAAGUGCUCUGGUCGUGUCGCACUACACUUGACUCGGCUACAGGUGAAACCCCAUUCAGCCUCGCCUAUGGAGCUGAGGUUGUUAUCCCUGUAGAGGUGGGGUUGCCAUCUGACAGAUCAGAUUGGCAUGAUGAUCUUAAUAAUGAGCGACUUUUAAGAGAGAACUUAGAUCUCAUAGAAGAGGUUAGGGAGGUGUCUCGAAUAAAAAACAUGGCGUAUCAAGGUCGUGUUGCUAAAUUUUAUAAUAAAAGAGUCCGAACUCAUCAAUUUCAGGUUGGCGAUCUAGUUUUACGCAAAGUUGGUUUAACCAAUGCUUAUUCGUACAUGGGCAAACUCGCUCCUAAUUGGGAAGGUCCCUAUAUGGUUGUUCAAGUUAAGCGACCUGGGUCUUAUGUGUUAGCAGACAUACAAGGAUGCUAGUUACCAUAUAUUUGGAAUGUACAUAAUCUCAGAAGAUUUUACAGUUAAAGUAUAUGUUAGUGAGGGAUUUGUUCAAGGAAAUGUAAACCAUGCAUACAAUAUAAUAAAGAAGAAACAGUUCG